AUGUCAAACCCGGGUACACUUGAAUAUGCGGUGAAAGUUCCGAAAAUGAACACCAACAAACAUCACACGAUUCUCAAAUUCAACAGCAAUCUCCAAGUGGAUACAUCGUCUUGGGGAAAUGCGCAGGUAUCUCUGGAGAGGGAAGAUAAUCGAAGCACGGUUUUGGUGAACGCUCCAACUCAGGACUAUGGCGAAGGCACAGAAUAUGGACGAGCAGCUCGAGAAGAGGCAAGAAGAAAGAAAUAUGGAAGGCAAUCACGCUCAUAUAAACUUGACAAUCAACCAUGGAAACUUUCAGUGAUGGAAGAAGUGCGUCGCUUUCGUUCGAUGCGCGAGGGUGGAGCCGGUGAACACGCUGAUUAUUGGGUUUUCCUAAAGAAUGACAACGAUUUUCUUGCUUAUAAGGUUGAGGCUUGGCAUCAAUUCUUGCCCUCAAUCACUCACAAAGUGUUAGACAUUGAUCAAGCUGAAGAACUCUUUCAACAACGUGCCAAACAUCUCAACCAGUUUGCUCUCAAAGCUCAGAUUCUCAAAACGAUCGAUCAGGAAGACGGGGAACAGCUUGAGAAAACGUCUAGAUUGAAGAUCAAAGAUAAUUUCUCUGACACGGAUGCAUCGGAUGAUGAUGAAGAUGAGGAGGAAGGGGAAUCUUCGAGAGAUGUGGCCAAAUAUGAAUCGGAAGAUGGGGAAGAGGAUGGACAAGAAGUUGAUUACAUGUCUGAUUCGGGAUCGGACACAGAUCGUGAAGAGAUCCCACUCGACGAAAAACUCGACAAGGAGCUCGUUGGCGUUGGAGAAGAAGACGGGCUGCGUAAAUUGGGUGAUUCCGAUGACGACGAAGAUGAGGAAGAAGAGGAAGAAAAUGAGCGUAACAAGAAGGAGACACUUCGCGGCAAGAAAGCAGACGGAGAAGAAAACGACUCUUCCGACAGUGAGGAUGACGAGGAUCAAGAGAAGACGGCGUCCGUUAUGCUUCUACCGAAAAAGGCAGCGAAAGCGGAUCAUGUUGCGGCAAAGAAACGAGCCAUCGAGGAUGCGGUUGCCGGUGUUGAAGCGAAAAAGGCCAAACUUGAUCCAGACAGCGGAUCGAAGGACUCGCCAACGAAAAGCGCCUCUUCAAUUGAUGACAUUUUGAAUGAGGAAACGGUGACCCGAUAUCUUCAACGUAAUCCACACACAACGAAGGAUCUAGUCAGCAAGUUCAAGUCAAAGUGUGGGAAUAUCGACAAAAACGAGAUUGUGCCUCGUUUAGCGAAAAUCCUCAAGAAUUUGAAUCCUCAACGCUUCCGACAGAAACACGGCAACAAGGAAACGCUCUACUUCACGAUGCAGAAAAGGAAU